AUGGCAGAAGACGAAGCAGUUCCCAAGAAUUUAGAGCAGGCGUAUGCUUUAGUUGAACGUUUGACUAUUGACGAUCUGAGAGUCUUUUGUUCGACGUUUCAGUUGGAUGAUUCCAGAACAAAGGAACAGCUGAAAAGACGCUUAAUUCAGUAUUAUCAAACCAGGUUUACCGUAGAGGCUUACGCAAAGAAACCUUUCUCGAUACGUAAAGUAAAAGACCCCGAAGAAAGGAUUGAUGAUGUAGAAAAUUCUGUUCGUGAGUUAAAGUCCUCAAUACAAAAUGAACUGGCAGGUUUUCGUCAGUCAAUGGAGGCGAUCAUAACUAAGUUACAAACCCCGACGUCGUCUACACCACUACCGCCUAAAGUAAACUUCGUUGAAGAGACUCAUGAGGAGUUUGUACGCAGUGAUAAUUCAAUCCAACAAGAUACAAUUUUGCUUAGCAAAAUUAGCAGAAAGAAACGGUUUCUGACAAGCACUGUUGAGCGAAUCAUGACUGAACUUCAACGGUUGAUUCGGGAUGAGGCUGACAUAAAACUCGUGGAACGAAAGCUUAUUAAACUGAACGCAAUCGAAAGCAAAUGGAUCAAAGCCAUUGAUGAAACUGUAAUGCAACUGGACAAUGACGAGUUGGCUGAGAAUGAGAUGGAGCAAUGGGAAGAUGUCCGAGCCCAAAUUUUACAAACAGAGGAGCAAGCAGAAUUAUAUAUUAGUAGAAACGCUACUGCUAAAUCAAGAGAUCAUGGUCUGAAACUUCCUUCAUUAGAUUUACCGCAGUUUGCUGGUAAAAUUAUAGAGUGGCCUGCUUUUUAUGAUGCCUUCAAAGCUGCUGUUGGAUCUAACACAAAGUUAGGGAACGUUCAAAAGUUGACCCACCUUAGAUCUUGUUUAAAAGGUACUGCUUUACGAUGUAUAGAAGGAUAUUCUGUGAUCAACGAAAAUUACGAAAAGGCUCUACAAGAUCUGAAAACUCGAUUCGGUCGGAAAAGAUCUAUUGUUAGUGAAUUGGUUAAAUCGAUCCUUGGAUUAAAGAUUCCUGAUGAAGAUGAUUCGAAAGCGUUACGCUAUCUACUCUACAUUAUGAAGAAUCGACUGAGGAGUCUUGAAUCUAAUGGGCUAAAGAUUAAAGACAACGAUAGCCUGUCUAUGGUCAUGUUGCCUAUUCUAGAAAGCAAACUACCUGGCGAACUGCGCGAAAAGUGGGAGCUCAAGGUUGAGGAAGAAAAAUGUAAUAUCAAUAUUGACUCGUUUUUCGAUUUCUUAGAAGGACAUGUGAUUAGCAAGGAAACACGUAACGUAGCAGAAGGCACUCGGGUAUCUGGUAGAUUUUCCAAGGGAAAAAUAGGAAAGAAAGAAGAACGACUGGUUUCAGCUUCUGCUUUGCUGAAUCACACCGAAAGUAAACCGAUUUGUGGAUUUUGUUCCAAGCCACAUGAUACAGAAAAAUGUAAAGUCGCCCUGGACAGAUCGCCGGAAGAAAGAUGGAAACGUGCAAAAGACCUAAAUGCUCCGUGGAUGGAUGUGGUAAACGUCAUCAUAACCUACUUCACGAAGACAAGGAAACAACUGAUAAGAAGAAACGAGGAGGUUGAAACUAUAACCGGGUUUGUAUCUCUCAAAACUGGCCAACAAAGUUUGCUUCCUACCGCCUUGGCUCGUCUUAUUCAUGAAGGAAACGAAUUGGUCGUGCGUAUCUUGUUUGAUAGUGGAUCGGAGGAAACAUUCGUACGUUCAUCUGUUGUUGAUUCUCUUGGUCUAAAGAGAAAUAAUGGUACAACCUCUAUGAAAAUUAAUAUGUUAGGCGGAGAGAGUCAGGAAAAGAAAGUCCAUCGAGUAUCGUUCAAACUUGCACCACUACAUACGACUGGAGAGACAGAGUCAACUUAUGUUGAAGCAUGGACGGUGAAAAAUGUUUGUGUCCCGCUAAGCGAAGUGAAGUUUGACCUAAAACAGUGUCCUCAUUUAACAAGUCUGAACCUUGCAGAGAAAUUUCCACGCCCACAGGCUACAGUAGACGUACUAAUAGGAAUCGAUCAGUAUCAUAAGUUAGUUGGUGAUACAACAAAAUGGGGUACACUGGGUACACCUAUUGCGACAAGUUCUGUGUUUGGUUGGAUAGUAGGUGGACCUGUGCCUGGUUCCAAAAGAAAGAAUAAUAAAACAACCAGCAUGCUAAGCGUGACCCAAGUUGACAAUGUGGACGAGGUGUUAAAACGUUUUUGGAGUCUUGAUGCACUUGGAAUUGUUGAUGAGAUAAAAGAUUCCCUAGUCACUAGUGAAGAGAAGUAUGCCAUGGAUCAGUUUGAAUCAAAUCUUCAAUAUGAUGGUGAAAGGUAUACAGUUGGUCUUCCCUGGAUGAGAAAUCCACCACCUCUUGUUAACAACUAUCAUCAAGCAUUCCAACGACUUAUUUCUGUUGAAAAAAGAUUGAAGCGAAAUCCAAAGAAAACCGAAUCUUAUCGAAAUGCGAUGAAUCAGUAUUUAACGGAUGGACAUGCAAGAGAAACGGACCAAGAAGACGAGAAAAAUGAAAAGGCUCGAUAUCUGCCUCAGCAUGCUGUGUUCCGAGAAGAUAAAGCAAGUACUAAAUGUCGCAUUGUCUUUGACGCAAGCAGUAAAACGUCCGACGGCGUUUCUCUGAACUCGUGUCUCCUGAAAGGUCCUAAGUUACAACUGGAUCUUGUGCAUGUGUUGAUACGAUUUCGAAGUCAUCGAAUUGCUAUGAUGGCUGACAUAAAGAAGAUGUUUCUUCAAAUUUGCUUAUUGAAGAAGGAACAAAAUAGUCAUCGUUUCCUGUGGCGUGAUUUAACGAUGGAUGACCCUCCAAAAGAGUAUUGCAUGACUCAAGUAACCUUUGGAAACACAUCUUCUCCCUUUGUGUCCAUCGCUACUGUGCAAAAACAUGCAAAGGAUAACCACGAUACCUUCCCAACAGCAAGUGAAGAAAUUCAAGAUAAUAUGUAUGUAGAUGACUUGCUUUCUGGUUCAGAUGACGACGAAGCUGCUAUAAAACUGCAAUCGGAGUGCUCAAAAUUAAUGGAAAAAGGAGGAUUUGUACUCACUAAGUGGGCUUCAAAUUCAGCUACGGUGAUGGAGAAUAUCCCAGAGAAAGAUCGAGCUACAAGUACAGUUAUUUCGUCAAAACAGUCUGAGCAUGAUGAAAAAAUGUCAGAUCUUCUAAAAGCCCUUGGUGUUGCAUGGAAUACUAGAAAAGACAUUUUCUUGUUUGAAGCAGGAGAAAAACUUGUUUCGUUAGAAGAUUCGAUGACUAAAAGAAGUUUAAUCAGCUUAUACGCUAGAUUGUUUGACCCGAUGGGAUUGAUAGCACCUUUCCUGAUGAGACCUAAAGUGCUUUUUCAAGAAUUGUGGUUACGAGAACGCGACAUUAAUAAAAUCGAAUUACAUGGAUUUGGUGAUGCGAGUGAAAAGGCCUAUGGAGCUGCAAUAUAUCUUUGUGCUGAAGAUAAAGUUGGUAAACGCAUUUCCAAUCUUAUCAUGGCUAAGUCCAGAGUUGCACCAACAAGGAGAAUUACGCUUCCACGACUGGAGCUACUUGCAGCUUAUCUUACAGCUAAACUGACAAGUUAUGUUAUCGAAGCUUUGAAAACGCCAGUACAAGAAGUCUAUGCUUGGUCAGAUAGUCAGAUUGUAUUAAACUGGAUUCGACAACCUUGUAGUAAAUGGAAGGUGUUCGUCGCCAAUCGUGUGCAAGAAAUACAGCAAAAGGUUGAUCCGAGCAAAUGGCACCAUUGCCCUGGAGAUCAAAAUCCUGCUGAUUUAUUGACGAGAGGAAUUUCUGCUAAUCAACUGGCGAAUAGUACAAUUUGGUGGAAUGGCCCGCCUUGGCUUUUACAAAGUGUUGACCGAUGGCCUAAAAGAGUAUCAUUUGAAAAUUUGAUAAAAGAAUGUUUAAUUGAAGCAAGAAAACAAAGUACCGUCGCAUGUCAUUUUGGAGCGAAAGCGCCGUGUUACCCUGAUAUGGCAGAUAAGUACGAAAGCUGGCAGCGCUUACUACGAAUUACGAGUUGGAUCUUGAAAUGGUUGCAUUCACAUGGUAUUAGGAAAACGGGUCAACUAUCCGCUCAAGAAAUUAAGAAUGCCGAGCUUUGUUGGCUUAAGAUCAUUCAGAAAAACGUUUUUCACCACGAGUACAACAAUUUGAGUAAAGGAACAGUUCUUGACUCAGCAAGUUCAAUCCUAAAGCUGGAUCCUAUAUUUGAUUGGGAGAAAGAACUUAUGCGUGUCGGUGGUCGUUUAGAAUUUGCAGAUAUACCAUAUGAAGCAAAACACCAGAUCAUCAUUCCCAAAAAAGAUAAACUGGUCGAAAAACUGAUUUUACAUCUCCAUAUUAAAGCGUCCCACCCUGGCCCAGAAACAACUUUGGCAAUCCUUCGUCAACGUUUUUGGAUCAUUGGAGGACGACGUGAGGUUAAGAGAAUUCUUAAAAAAUGCCUUGUAUGCCAGCACUGGAAAACUCAACCGUGUCAACAAAAAAUGGCUGAACGCGUACACGUGACGCACCCAUUUACGAAUGUUGGUCUAGACUUUAUGGGUCCCUUGUAUUUGAAAGUUAAGGACAAAGAGAAGCCAAGUCAAACACACAAAGCAUAUGUAUGUAUAUUUGUAUGUGAGGACACAAGAGCAGUGCACCUGGAAUUAACGAAUAACAUGACUACGGAGGAAUUCUUACAAGCAUUCCGACGGAUGAAGAUAAAGUUGAGCGGAUUUGAUCCUAAAGGUGCCCAAGACCGAUUGGCGAAUGAAGGCGUGGUAUGGAAAUUUAUUACCGAGCGAGCGAGCCACAGGGGAGGUCAUUGGGAAAGAGUAUGCAGACAGAUAAAGGAACCAUUACGUAAAGUUUUGCGAAAGUCGUUCCUUACCUACACAGAAAUGAUGACAAUCUUGACUGACAUUGAAGCUAUUAUCAAUUCUCGCCCAUUGACGUAUAUAGGAGACAACAUCAAUGACGGGGUUGUGCUAACUCCGGCUUUGUUGGUGCUAAAUCGUAACCUCGGUGAAAUUCCAGAACAUUCAUCACAGAAUCUUAAAGUAUCUCUUUCUCAACGGUAUCGAUAUCUACAAAGAUUACAACAUCACUUUUGGUCGCGAUGGCUGAAAAAAUAUCUCCCAAGAUUAACUACGCGCCAGAAGUGGCUUCGGGAAAUAUCUCCGUUGAAACCAAAUGAUGUCGUUCUAGUUUCGGAUGAUGGCUUACCCAGAGGUAAAUGGAUAUUAGGCAAAAUCGAAAACACAUUUCCAGGAAGAGAUGGUAUUAUAAGGACAGCAACAAUUCGGACCAGAACGGGUAAGAUUAACCGACCAAUACAAAAGUUACAUUUGUUGGAAGAGUAUCGUGAAUCAAUACCAUCUCAACAAUUACCUUGUGUCCGUGAAGAAACUCGCAAGGAAGAAGAUCGACCUCGAAGUGUUCAAGAAGAGAAUGUCAGUUCGCCAUUGGUUGGGGAGGAUGUUGGGGCCCAGCAGCGGAAAAGCAAAUAUGGCAGGAUAAUUAAACCGGUCAAGCGAUAA